ACGAGUGUGGUUGGGUUUUGUUGGAGGUGUUAUUCGUGUAUAAAAUAUUUGGUGUAUAUCAGCCCCUGAUGGAAAUAAAAUAUAAUUAAAUACAGUAGAAUCGACGAAAAAUCAGCAAAUAUUCCAUAUUAAUAAGAAGUCUUCUGACAACUAUAGCCAAACAUGUUAGCACAUCCCUGCCGUCUGUCUGCCACCAAACGGCUGGUGGCUCUGUUAUUUACCACAUUAUUUGCCUGCAGUAGCAUUUUUAGAGUUGAGGCGCAACUCGCCGGUAAAGUCAUACAAGAUCCAUGUGUGAACAAGGCAUCCUGCCAUGAUUGCAUACAAACACAAAAUUGCGCUUGGUGCAUGGAACCCGAUUUUAUAGAUUUACCACGUUGUUUCAAAAAUAGUUUAAAAAAUUAUUGCAAAGAGGAGUACACCUGGAACCCAUUUACAGAGCAAAAAUUUACUAUCAAUCGUGAAUUAACGCGUGGUGGUAACGCCAGCGCCACAGCUGGUUACGGUUAUGGUGGUUCAUACGAAGCGAGUUCAUCAUAUAGUAGCUCAUCGUCCAGUUCGUCCUAUGCCGGCGCUUAUGGUAGCGCAGCCGCCUCUGGUGCUUCAGCUUCCAGUGGCGAAAUCGUGCAAAUCAGUCCCCAACGUGUGAGCCUCAAGUUGCGCAUAAAUCAAUUGCACUCGUUAAAUAUGCGCUACUCGCAAGCUAUUGAUUAUCCCGUCGACUUAUACUAUUUGAUGGACUUGUCCAAAUCUAUGGAGGACGAUAAGGACAAACUGUCGGCUUUGGGCGAUAAGCUUUCGGAAACUAUGCGCAAUAUUACUUCGAAUUUCCGUUUGGGCUUUGGUUCGUUUGUCGACAAGGUGCUAAUGCCUUACGUCUCAACUAUACCCAAAAACUUGGAACAUCCAUGUACGAAUUGUACUGCACCAUAUGGCUAUCGUAAUGUUAUGGCUUUAAACACGGAUACAUAUCGAUUUUCUUCUGAAGUGAGUCGUGCUGCUGUGUCCGGUAAUUUGGAUGCACCUGAGGGUGGUUUCGAUGCUAUUAUGCAGGCAAUUGUUUGCCGUCAGCAAAUCGGUUGGCGUGAAAAAGCGCGUCGUCUGCUCGUCUUCUCAACGGAUGCUGGUUUCCAUUAUGCCGGUGAUGGCAAGCUUGGUGGCGUGAUUGCACCCAACGAUGGCGAAUGUCAUUUGAGCGGCGAAGGUCUUUACACACACUCCGUCAUACAAGAUUACCCCAGCAUCUCACAAAUCAACCACAAGGUCAAGCAGAAUUCAAUUAACGUUAUUUUCGCAGUUACCGCUAAUCAGCAUUCGGUAUAUGAGAAGCUAGCGCAUCAUAUUGAGGGUUCUUCAAGCGCGGUGCUAUCGGAGGAUUCCUCGAACGUUGUCGAUUUGGUGCGCUCUGAAUAUAGCAAAAUUUCCUCUGCCAUUGAAAUGAAGGACAACGCCACAAGCAAUAUAAAAAUCACUUAUCACUCAGCUUGUCUAAAUGGCGGCCCCGAAAUACCGACCGCCAAGUGUGACGGUCUCAAAGUUGGCGAUGUGGUUAAUUUCACUGCACAGAUUUUGGUCACAUCUUGCCCAACGGAUCCGCGUGAAUGGAAUCAAGUCAUACAAAUCUAUCCGGUUGGCAUUAAUGAGAGUCUGGUUAUCGAUUUGGAAAUGCUUUGCUCCUGUCCAUGCGAACGUCCCGGCACCACCGGCUACGAAGCACACUCACCCAAAUGCAACAAUCACGGUACACUGAUGUGUGGCGUCUGCGAGUGUGAUGAUAUGCAUUUCGGUCACAAUUGUGAGUGUUCAACGAGUGAUGUGCAUACUGGCAGCGACAAGGAUUUGGUGUGUCGUGCGGACAAUACCACACAGGUGGAUUGUAAUAAUCGUGGCACUUGCUUGUGUGGCGUGUGCGAAUGUGAGAAACGAUCCAAUCCCGAGGAAAUUAUUUCCGGCAAAUUCUGUGAAUGUGAUAACUUCUCGUGUGAACGUCGUAAGAAUGUGCUGUGCUCUGGACCUGAUCAUGGCACAUGCGAGUGUAGUCACUGUGUUUGCAAGCCAGGUUGGACAGGUUCGGCAUGUGAUUGCCGUGAAUCGACUGACACCUGCAUGCCACCAAAUGGCGGCGAACUUUGUUCGGGAAAUGGCGAAUGUGAAUGUGGUGUCUGCAAAUGCAAAUCUACGCCUGAAGGUCGUUAUUCCGGCAAAGUGUGUGAGAAGUGCCCCACAUGCGCGGGUCGUUGCCUCGAACUGAAACACUGUGUACAAUGUCAAAUGUACAAGACCGGUGAAUUCAAGGAUGAAGACAAAUGUGCCGCCAAUUGCAGCAACACUUUCGUGCCCAUUGGCGAGGAGAAAAUCGUUAUCGAUGAGGAGAAAGAUGAAUUGCUUUGCAUAUUCUUUGACGAAGAUGACUGCAAAUAUACAUUUAAAUAUAGCGAAGUGAACGGCAAACUCGAAGUACAUGCACAGCAGGAGCGUGAAUGUCCACCAAAAGUGUUCAUGUUGGGCAUUGUCUUGGGCGUUAUAGCCGCAAUCGUCUUAGUCGGCUUAGCCAUAUUGCUUUUGUGGAAAUUACUGACGACCAUACACGAUCGCCGUGAGUUUGCACGUUUCGAGAAGGAGCGCAUGAACGCCAAGUGGGAUACGGGCGAGAAUCCAAUCUACAAGCAAGCCACAUCUACUUUCAAGAACCCAAUGUACGCCGGUCAGUAAGCUUCACCACUGGAGCGUAGCCAGUAACGGCUAAACAAAUAAGGAAUUUGCUUGGGCAAUGUUGCAUUGUUUGGGUUACGAAUUUCUCUCUAAUUGCCAUACAGUAAAGGAAGUUUCUAACAGGAGCUGCGUAUUUAUAUGUGAAAAAUGAAACCUACAUAUUUUAAAAUAAGACAAAACAUAAAGCUAAAUGUAUAUCCUUAUGUAUGCGAGCAACAGCUAUUUGUGACGCUGUGCAAACAAUACAAGCACUGAACUGAAAUUUUUAUAAGUAAACAGCAUUUGGCUUAGGCGUUUUUAGACAGUCGAAAUUUCUAUAAAUGCACUUAGUUGUUGUUUUUGUGUGCUAACGUUUGCCUAAUGAGGAUAAUUUUCAACCCUAUACUGCCAUUAAUAUAUACAUAUACAAAUAUAUAUAUACAGAUUUGAAGCAGGAAUGGCGAUAACUUAACGCGCAGUAAUGCAUGUGCCUUGGAAAUGAUAUACAGUUUAGAUAUGUAUAUACACAUACAAAUUAGAAGAAAAAAAAAUUGAUUAUUUUGAAUUUCACAUACAGAUAUACAGAUGCAAACUUCAGACAGCCAAACAACUAUACAGCAUCGUAAGAGAGUAGAAUUUUUCGUGGUAGCUCUUCCUAACCUAAAAAAAAAAUAACAAAAUUAUAAAAAUCACAUGUAAGCAUUGCCUAGUUGCGUAAAAAGAGAUAUACAUAUAUAUAUAGCUAUAGCGAAAAUUCAAUUUGUAACUGUUAA